AUGAGCUUGGAAUCGCCGUCCUCUCCAUCCCUAAAUGGAAUAUCAUGGUUAAUUGAUACACGGAUACAUCGUACACUCUUAUUGCUUUAUUGUUUGGCCAGGCAGCAACACCCGACCACCCUCCUCGAACCACCCAUCGUAUCGUCUGAUUUGGACUCAGGAGCAGGGAAGAAUGUCGUGAAAAGGCCCGAAAACUCCAAUUAUGGAAUACUUGAUGGGGCUCCCAACUCGACUAGUGACAAGAGAUCUCCAAAGCUGCAAAAUGAUUGGGAGAUUAUUGUCUAUCCUCAGGAGAAUUUUGAUCGAAAAGAGCAAGAUUACAUGUACUCAAAAUUAUCUGACUUGGGUGACCCAAAAGAGGACGUAAGAGCAAUUACUCAUGGCCUGGCAACGGGGAUAACCUCAUCCUUUAUAGCAUACUUCUCCAAUCCGCGUCAUAAAUGGCUCUAUCAAGUCGCGGUCAAAGUUAUUCGAGGUAUGGGAGCAAAUAGCAGUUCAAUGCGCGUGAGUCCAACUCCAAAGUCUCUUGUCGCACCCGAGUCGAACGUUCUGAUAGACGACAAAGGAAGAGGAAGGAUCUGUGACUUUGGCCUGGCAAUGAUAUUCUCCGAUGGGAUGGCCAACUCUACGCAGCUCCCUCUCCAUACCGUUACCAUGAGGUACUUCGCGUAUGAGCUCAUUACUGCAGAUGAAGCUACCAGUCCUACCAAAGCAAGCGACGUAUUUGCUGUCGGGUGUCUUGGACUACAGGUGACACCGUACUCAAACCGUCGAAACCCUGCACAAAUCUACAAAGAUAUUGCAAGUGGCGUUCCUCCCGCUAUAGUCAUACCAACCACAGGCCAACCUUCCGAGCUUGUGGAAAUGCUUUGGAAGUUUCUCAACAAAUGCUGGUCUAUUGACCCAGACGCGCGUCCGUUAGCUCGCGAUCUAGAGAAAUUCGUAGAAAUUUAUGGUACGGACCUUGUGAAGGCUGUGGAGGCCGGAUGGACUGAAAUUCUUGAUGCCUUUGGCCGGCGUUGUGGGGAGGAUCAAG